AUGCUGCCUUACCUGUUCCCUGAGCUGUCCACCUUUGCUACAGUCGCCGAUCUUAUCACCCACCUUCGCACUAGUGACGCUCGCCUGCGUGCCGCCCUUCCCACCGAGUUCUGCGCUAAGAACCCCCCUCCACUGUACUGGACACUCCACUUUCUAGUCACCCGUCUCCCUGACACCCUUAGCUCAGUGCGCGACUAUUUCCUUGCUCGCUGUCCCACUGAGCUCACUGUCGCCCUCCUAGAGGAGAAACUGCUAGCAGCCGAGAAGAGCAUUGUAGCUGUAGGUGCUGCUCGUGGCGCUCCUCGCACCCCCAUCUUUGAGGGGUGUUCUCCCUCUCCCCUCGCUCCCUCCUACGCUACUGCUGCUGCUGUUGACUUCCUUGGUGCUGAGUCUGCUGGCGCUGCUUCUGCUCCUGGUGGGAGGCGCCGCACCGGCAAGAGCGGCAAGGGCAAGGGGGGCAAGGGUGGCGGGGGUGGCGCUGGGGGGGGAGGAGGUGGGGGAGGUGGGGGGGGAGGCGGUGCUGGAGGGAGCGGUGGCGGGAGUGCUGGUGGGAGUGGGGUCGGCAGCGGAGGCGGGGGCGGCGGAGGGAGCGGUGGCGGUGGUGGCGGCGGCGGCGGUGGCGGUGGCGGCGGCGGUGGCGGCGGCGGCGGCGGUGGCGGUGGCGGCGGUGGCGGUCGGAGCGGAGGUAGUGGUGGCGGCGGAGGUCGGAGUGGAGGCACUGGCUCGGGCCAGAGCUCCCACCAGCAGCAGCGUCCCCAGACGACCCAGCAGCUUCGUGAGUGGCUUGCUCAGCGUGGGACGUCGGGGGGCAGUGGCCGCUGUUCCUAUGUCAUUCGCACAGGUGACCGCAAGGGACAGACGUGUGGGAGGUUCCACACCCCGUACCGCUGCUUCUCCCGCCUUGACGACGCUUGGCGUGAGGAGAUGGGCGAGGAUGUUGAGCGCCCCCGCUGGGCUGAGCUGAUGAGGGCUGGUGUUGAUAUCUUUGCUCUUGACUAUGAUGCUAUUAUUGCUGCCAUUCCUUGCACGGUCCACCACUGUGCUCCCGUGUCCGGCGGUUCCGUCUGGCUCGUUGUCGGGUUUCCACCUCCCCUCAUUCUCGACGAACCUGGUGAGCAACGCUGUCAUCCAGGAUCAGUGGGUUGA